CGUCAAGAUGACGGACGACGAGUCAGUUUCGAAUAUGAAAAGGCAGAAUGUCCGGACUCUGUCGCUUGUUGUUUGUACCUUCACAUAUUUGCUGAUAGGAGCUGCUGUUUUUGAUGCUCUGGAGUCCGAUACUGAGAGGAAACGGUGGGAAUUUCUGUCCGAAAUAAGGAGGAAUAUGAUUAGAAAAUAUAAUAUUUCUCAAGAGGAUUACAGAAUGGUGGAGAUUGUUAUUAUUGAAAAUAAGCCACAUAAGGCUGGGCCCCAGUGGAAAUUCGCGGGGGCGUUCUAUUUUGCAACUGUUGUACUUGCUAUGAUUGGAUACGGGCAUUCCACUCCAGUGACAGUUUGGGGAAAGGGUUUCUGCAUGCUCUACGCCACGAUUGGGAUUCCCCUGGGUCUCGUAAUGUUCCAGAGUAUCGGAGAGCGAUUGAACAAAGUCGCAUCAGUUGUAAUCAGACGAAUGAAAAAAUACAUGCGGUGUCACAAGACAGAGGCAACAGAGAUGAACCUCAUGCUUGCAACUGGUGUCCUCUCCAGCAUCAUCAUCACUACUGGUGCCGCUGUGUUCUCUCGCUACGAGGGCUGGAGUUACUUUGAUAGCUUUUAUUACUGUUUUGUCACGUUGACGACUAUCGGAUUUGGGGAUUACGUCGCCCUACAGAAUGAUCAAGCACUGUCAACAAAACCUGGAUACGUCGCCCUAAGUCUCGUAUUCAUCCUCUUCGGCCUGGCAGUUGUUGCUGCCAGCAUUAAUUUGCUCGUUCUUCGCUUCAUGACAAUGAAUGCAGAAGAAACCAGAAGAGACGAGAGUGAAUUACAAGCCUCCUCCCACCACGUUCUCACCCUGGACGGCGAGGUUCUAGCUGUAAACGGAAAAUUACUGUCCAGUCAUGUUCCAAUGAUCCACGAGACCGACGAUUGCGUGAGUGUCUGUUCAUGCACUUGCCUUGGUACAGCCACCACCGACCUGAUAGACUCCUCGGGAUACCAGGGCUAUCGUCGGCCACCAUCUAGCAGCGCCAGUCUUCGUGUAAAACGUGCGUCCGUUUGAUGGAGGGAGUACCGUCGUCGUAGUCAAAUUCGUCGAUUAUGGAGGAUUGACAGUAAAGAACGUCUUGGCAACAGUGUGUCAACAUGAACAAUCAAUUUCGUCAAGACAGUGGACAAUUCACCCAAGUUAUUGCCAUACGAAUGCCAGAAGAUGAAGUAUUACACUCGAUUGAGGGUCUAAAGACUGAUAUCUAAAGUAAAUUAAGGAAUUAUUAAAUGUGUUAUUUUUGUAUAAACAUUGUAUGGACACGUGUAGCCUCAAAGAAAGUGAAUAAUGUAUGAAGAAAGUACAACGAAUAGGAGAAAAGAAAUUGUAAUGAUUAUUCACUUUAAUGUUAAUUCAUGUUUUAGGUAGUCUAUUUUAUCACUGAGAAUAUAUUUGGGUGUGUCUAUGUUAUAUUGUAACCAUGACAAAUAAAUGUUGAA